AUGAGAAGAAGAAAGAAAGAGAUCGAUCACGAUUACUCUUUUGAUCAAAAAGAGAGAGAGAAUAUGGUAAAAUAUCGAAACCAUUUGAAAUCGGUUGCAGUUGAUCAAUGGAGAGAUAAAUAUCUAGACUAUGAAUAUUUGAAAUCAUUGUUGGAGAAUGAAUACAAGAAUGCACCACCAUCACUUAAUGAAGACACUCAUUCAAAUAUGAUGAAUAUUAGAGGUGGUGGUGGAGGUGGAGGUGGAGGUGCCAACAGCAGUGGACUGCUCAACCGCAGAAAACUACUGCAUCAACUCAUGUCGUCUCCCAACUCGUCUAGACGAAUCAUUAAUGACGAUGAACAUCCAGCCGCCACAUCGGCCACACCAGUAGUAUCACCAAACACCGCCGGAAAAAAGCGACACCAACGAAAAGAUAGUGACGGAGUAGACAGCGACAAUGACGACAUUGAGCUGCAAGUAUUAAACCAACUCAGUCAAUCGAUGAUGAGCAACAAAUCGACCAUGUCAUCACCAACAUUGUACAGUCACAGUCAAGGUGGAUUCAGUAGUGGUCAUUUAGAUGAAAUGGUCCUCAAAUCUCCAACAUUAGAUGCAGAUGAACAUGUCAUUGAAAGAGUUUUAGAUGAUAGUGAUAAUAGUGAUCAUCAUGAACAACAAGAAGAACAAGAUAUGAUGGAUGAAGCUGGAAAUGAAGAUCAAGAUGAAGAUCAAGAUAGUAGUCCAGAAGCCAAAUCACCAUUAAAUCUUGUUAAAACUCCUUUAUUAAAUUCAUCAACUUCAUCAACUUCUUCAACUCAUCAUCAUCGUCAGAACCAUAAAAGUCAAAAGAAAAAGAAUCAAAAACAACAUUCAAGAAGAUCAUCUCUAACUAAUAGUAAUCAUGGUAGUAGCCAAGAUCUUUAUGAACAAACGCAGAAAAAACAAGAACAAUCAAAUCAUUUACAUUUACCACAAAUCAAAGAGAUUGUACCACUUUCAUUGGAGGAAACAGCAUUUUCAAAAGAACCAAGUCCUGUUCAUUUAUCACCUGUUUUAAAUUCAUCUUCUCCUCUUCCUCCACCUCCUCCAUCUUCUUUAAAUGUUUCACGUCAACAACAACAACAUGUGAGAUAUGCAAUGACAUCUCGUCCACAAUCACCAGCAUCACCAAGAUCACCACAAAUGGCAUCUGUCAUUCGUCCACCCUAUCAUAGCGGCAAUCAACGUCAUCAUUCCAUCUCUAUUCCCGAUACUACAGGUGUAGACAACAGACCAACAUCCAAUUCAUUUGUACCCAUUGAAGAUUUAAUUAGAGGACCUGCCUAUGAUACUUGUGCUUCACCUCCAACCACUUUGAUUCACGAACCAACCUUCCAAGAGGAAUUUCUCUAUCAAUUGGAUAAAAUCGAUACCUUUUUCAUUGAAAGAUUUCAUAAAAUUAAAUACAAGAUUAUAGAUCAUUGUAAUAUGAUUCAAUUUAUUAAAGCUCAAUCUGAUAAAAAAGUAAGAAAUUCUAGAAAUAUUUCAUUUAUAAAGGAAGGAUUUCAAGAUAAUUAUAGAGUUUUAAUUAUGUUAUCAUCAUUUAGAUUAUUAAACAAAGAAGGUUUUGAAAAAUUAUUGGAAAAAUAUAAAAAGUGUAAUAGUAUAUUGACAAAUAGUUUAAAAGAAGAAUUGGAAAUGAAAAUAUUUUUUGAUGAAGAUGAGAUUGGAAAAUUAAUUCAUCAAAUUAAAUAUAUUUAUGCAAGAUAUUUCACUGGCAAUGAUAAGAGAUUGGCAAAGAAUGAAUUACGAUCACCUGUUGCUGGUGACAAUAGAGGAUUGGUAUUUACGGUUGGUUUGCUUAUUGGUUUUUGUAUCAUGUUGGGUGGACUUUCUAUAUACACCUAUCAUCAAUACUAUCCUCACGACAAUCCACCUCACAAUGCCCCAUUGGCUUGGUUGUUAUUCCGUAUCACUCUACUCCCUGUACUUUUAGGAACUCUAUUUGCUCUUCAAACAUUUAUCUUUGAAAGAACAAAAAUCAACUAUGUAUUUAUAUUUCAAUUAAAACCAGAAUAUUCAAGAUCUUCUUUACUUUAUUUUAAGUUUGGAUUAAUAUUUAUAUCAUUUUGGUUAUUAUGUUUAUAUUUUUAUAUUGAUACGACAUCGACACCAUCAAAUAUAAGAAUAUCACCAAUUAUAUUCCCCAUCUUGUUUAUGAUUACAUCGGUAGUGGUGAUUGCAUUACCAUUCCCAGUGUUUGCACACAAGACUAGAUUUUGGGCACUCAAGACAUUUGGAAGAGUGUUGUGUGCUCCUUGGGUACGAGUCCAUUUCAAGGAUUUCUUCAUGUCUGUUCAAUUGCUCAGUCUUGGUGACUUUUUCUUUAACAUUCAAUCCAUGAUUUGUAUUUUCAACUACAAUGCAUUGGAUCCAGAAGAAUUGUCAUUUUGCUAUUCUACCAGCUUCCUUGCUCUACCCAUCCUCAAUGGUCUCCCCUACUAUCUCCGUAUCAUGCAAUGUUUUAGAAGAUACUAUGAAACUAGAUGUUUCUUUCCUCAUAUUACAAGUGCCAUUCGUUCAAUGUUUUCUUUAGUUACUUUAGUACUUGCUUAUCUUGCUUUAUUAAUUAAACAUGAUGCAAAAUGGAAUGAAAUUAAAACUAUUUGGUUUUUCCUUAGUAUUGUUGGUAGUUUAUAUAAAUGGUACGCUGAUAUGGCUGUUGAUUGGGGUUUCUUAUUAUCACCAUCAACCAAUAAAUUUUGGCCACUUCGAGAGAAAUUAGUAUUUUCAAAAUAUAAAUUUAUUUAUUAUAUAGCAAUGGUAUUGGAUUUAUUCCUUAGAUAUUUAUGGUUAUUGGUAUUUUUAAUUAGAGAUAAUACAUCACAUCGUCUUGAUAAUCCAUUAUUCCUUUUCUUCUUGUCAAUGGGUGAAGUAUUUUGGGCGACACAGUUUAUAUUCUUUAGAGUAGAAUCUGAACAUUGUCAAACCGCCGAUAAAUACAGUGUCUAUCAUGACAUUCCAAUGCCAUUCACUCAAGAAUAUAAUAAUUAUUUGGAUUCAAAGAAAAUUAAUCAAAAUCAAAGUAGUUAUAAUAAUCAAAGUAAUAAUAAUAAUAAUCAAAAUAAUAAUACAUCUAUUAAUACUCCAACUCAAAAUGAUAAUAAUAAUAAUAUUAAUAACAGUAACAAUAAUAAUAAUAUUCAUAAUAGUGAUAGUAUUAAUAGUUUAAAAAAUACUAAUAAUAGUGAUAAUUAUACUCCAAGUUCCAAUUCAUCAACAUUAUCUCUCUUGGAUAAUACAAAUAAUAAUAGUAAUAAUAAUUAA